AUGAUAAAGAAAACUACAGAUAAUGAAAUUAUAAAGGAUGAUGAAACUGUAGAUAAUAAUGAUAAUGAUAUAUUUUUUGCAAUAAAUGAAAAAAUUAUAGCUUCAGCUCAUAAAAUAGCAAUAGAAAAAUCAGCAUCCGAAGAUGAAAAUGAAGAAUUGUUAGAAAUAUUAAAUGAUAUUGAUGAACUUUUAUUUGAAGUCAGAACAGAGUUUACUUUUUCAGCAGAAAGUGAUAAACAAAUAGUUUUACCUUUGAAUACUGAUAAAA